CACCUCUCGGGCCCUUUGAAUAUUGCUUCACUACCACAUGUUCUUGUGUUGGAGAACACACAGUAUUCACACAAUAUGAAGCGGAUAAAGCAGUGACUGACGGACAGAGAAAUGGAGUGUAUCAGUUUGAUUUAUGAAAUGAAGUUGAAGAAAGAAAAGUCAGCGACUGAGACUGCGGAGAUAUCCGAGAAGAGAAACUGAUCGCUUCUCAAUCUCUCUGUGUCUGUCCCUUUGAACAGCAGUUGGUCUGUGAUCCCCACCCACACAGCCAAGUCCUAAAGGUGAAAGUCCCAAACAGAGCAAAGAGCUGAGGGUGAAAUGGCGUCUGAACAGGAACUGGAGAACCUGAGAAAUGAAGCCACGUGUUCAAUCUGUCUGGAGUUUUACACGGAACCGGUGACUAUAGACUGUGGCCACAACUUCUGCAGAGACUGUAUUUUACAGUGUUGGGGCACAGGACAAGAAAGUGUGUCCUGUCCGCAGUGCAGGCAGCAGAUUCCCCAGAGGGGUGUUCGGCCCAACAGAACUCUGUCUAACAUUGUGGAGAGUGUUCAGAGACUGAGCCUGAAUCCGAGGCUGGAAGAGGUGGGAAUCCAGUGUGAAGAGCAUGAGGAGAAGCUGAAACUGUUUUGUGAAAUGGAUCAAAGAGCGAUCUGUGUGGUCUGUGCGAUGUCCCGUGAUCACAAGGAUCACACAGUCAUUCCCAUUAAGGAAGCUGCUGAGCUCCUACAAGGAAAGAGUUGGUAUUGUGUACAGCCGGUCACUGAGCAGCAAUCUCGCCGGCCUCUGGGUCAGAAGCAAAAGCUGCAGAAAGCCCUGGAAACCCUUCAGGAACAGUUGGGUGAAAUGUCUCAGUGUCAGAGAGAAGAAGGAGCUACUCAAAUGGAAGUCCAGAGACAAGCCGAGCGUCUGAGGAAGAACAUUGACGCUGAAUUUGCUAAACGUCACCAGCUGCUGAUUGAGGAGCAGCGAGACCUGAUCACCAAACUCAGACAGCAGGAGGAGGCCAUCUUAGGACAAAUAGAAAACAAUAAGAGUGACAUUUCCAAGCAAAUUACUUCUGUUAACCAGAGAAUAGCAGAAAUCCAGACAAGACUGACUCUCCAGAACACCGAAUUCCUGAAGGAUAUCAUAUCCAUCAUUGACAGGUCCGGUGUUGACAUCAAGAAACCCACAAAAGUGUCUGUUGAUGUGGCUGAGAGGGACCUCAUUGGGCCUCUGCAGAGCAGAGAGUGGAAACUCCUGUUAAAGGGCAUCACUGCAGCUCCAGCCUCUGUGACUCUGGAUCCUAACACAGCCCAUCCCCGGCUCAUCCUGUCUGAGGACCAGACCCGAGUGAGAGUCAGUGACAGAGAACAGCAGGUUCCUGACACCCCGGAGAGGUUUAGUAACUAUUGCAGUAUCCUGGGGUCUGAGGGCUUCAUAUCAGGGAGACAUUACUGGGAGGUGGGGGUGGGGAACAGCACACACUGGACAGUGGGGGUGGCCCGAGCGUCUGUGCCCAGGAAGGAGUAUUUCACACAUGGACCUGAGAUUGGAGUCUGGGCUGUGGGGCUAUACAAUGGCCAAUAUGUAGCUCUAACCUCACCUCCUACCCCCCUCUCCCUGAGUGUGAGCCCCCGGGUGCUGGGCGUGUACCUGGACUAUGCGGGAGGACAGGUGUCGCUGUACAACGCUGACCACAUGUCUCAUCUCUUCACUUUCACCCACACAUUCUCUGGGAAACUCUUCCCUUACUUCAGCCCUGGCCGUAACACCAAUCUGACACUGACCCCCUGACAAGCGUGAGGGUGACCAAUCAGAGAUAGGAUACGGGGGUUACCGGCCGGAGAGUGGAGGUGACGUAAGAACAUAGAAACAGGAGGUGGCCAUUCAGCCCCUCGAGCCUGUUCGGCCAUUCUAUAAGAUCACGGCUGAUCUGUACCUCAACGCCAGUUACCAGCCUUUGCUCCGUAUCCCUUAACACCCCGACUUGACAAACAUCUCUACACCUCCGUCUGGACACUGUGAAUGGAUCCAACCAUAAUCCACAGCCUUUUGGGGGAGAGAGUACCAGGUUCCCAUUGGUCUUUGGGUGAAAAACUGCCCCUAAUUUUUAAAUGUCCCGACUCUAAUAUUAAGAUGAUGCUCUUUUUGUUCUGGAUUCUAAUUUCUCUGUAUCUACACUAUCAAAUGCCUCUGUUAUUUUAAAAUCCUCAAUUAGAUCAUCCCUCGUCCUUCUAAACUCACUGGAAUAGAGACCAAGUUUAUGCAACCUGUCCUCGUGAUUUAACACUUAAGCCCUAGGAUGUCCUCCUGAUGUGAAAGGUGUUAUAUACAAAUGUAAUUUUGUUUUGUGUUGUGUUGGUAUCACAAUAAAAUGGACGGAUGAACAAUC